AUGAAGCCAGUUACUACCCUUGCUCUCGCAGCGGCUUUGCUGCCCUGUGUCAGAUCAGUCGGGUCAGUCGGCGGCCAUGUCCCUCACAAGUGCUUGAACGACAGCGGCUCUUUCUCGAUUGAUCACCCAACCUCUACGGGAAACAACACCCUAGUUGUCUAUCACUUCCCAUCGGCCAGUUCCAGAGCUGUACAGUUUACAGGAAUCUCGUACAAUGACGAAUAUCUCCUCGAUGGCGUCGACUUUGAUCGAUACUCAGGGGAUGUCUACGUUUCGGCCGGCGCACGCCCUGCCUUCUUCACCAAUGGACAAGACUUGACGGGCCCAAGCGUUUUGAUCCGCUAUAACCCACGCCAGGACCGUGUGGUCUGGAUAUCCAAUAUCACCGAAACAGUCGCUCAGCUUGAGUCCAGGCUCGGACAUUCUAUAGGAGGCUUUCAGGACCAAGCAGAAGACAGAAAGGGCAACUCAUAUUGCAUGGCGACAUGGGGCAAUGUCUUGAUCAAAGUCGAUUCACGCGGCUCUGCUGCACCCUUUUAUGCACCAUCGGGACCAACAAAUGCUACUUCGUCUGCUGGCUUUGGCGGGCUGUUCGUCCAAGGAGACACCAUGGUCAUAAGCGACGUCAUAAGUCAAAGCUUUGUGGUCUUCCAUCUUCGCUCUAAGAAGCCACGACCACAUUUCACUCAUCCAACUAAUGUCCCAGCUGGAUACAAGCCCUUACUCUGCGACUCCCUCUACGCACCAUCAAGGUACCACGGCCGCAUUGCCCUUUGUGCAGAUGAUUUUGUCAACGGUACGGGUGGCAUUGUUGCUUAUGCAUCGAAUGAUUCCUGGCAGACGGCCGAGUAUGUCGGCAUUAGACAGAACGACUUCAACGAUGCACCGAACGCGACGGUGACGGCAACGUUGCAGACGGAACAGGCGAUAUACGCUGUGGUUGCUUACAUUCCUGGUGCUGAUGGGACGUUCGUCAACACUUCGUAUUUUCCAAUUGUUGAUAUUACGAACGAUAUUGACGACAUUGUGCGCCCCGUCUUGAGUACUUGGGAUUAUGGCUGGCAGCUCAGCCCUUCAUCUCAGAUCGCUGUCGUACCAUACAGCACCAAAUCGGCUACGUCGGCACUCGGCCUCCAUAAAUCAAUUGCCUCCUCCCCCCUGGCAAAUUCCCAUGUCGUUCAAAAAGCAGCAUCCCCAGAUCCUUCAAGGGCGUCUUCGGUCGUCCAUGAACUGUAUGCCUUCGCAAGAUAUUUCGAAGAGGUAUCAAACCUCAUCAAACGUCUUUUGAGCCUCGAGGACCUCAUCGUUGAAUGUGAGUCGUUGCCGGACGACCGGCACUCCGGUCUUGGCUUCGACAAGAGCUUUGAGAUCGGCUACCAGCAUGGUGUUCUUGAUAUCGAAGACGUAAACGCCGUGGUCUUGCCAAUGGACUCGGACUUGGUACUUGAUCUCUCUUGUGAUCUUACUGUCCCGUCGUUGGAUAGGUUUGGAAGCUUGUUGUCUGCUUGGGUAGUUAUACCUCAAGGCAUCGACAAGGCUGCGGGAGUUCCGCUCAACAGUAACAGUAGACGCCAUUCUGAUUAG